ACUCCAGUAAGGAGCUGGAAGAGCUCCGGUCGGCCUUUGGCCGUGCCAUCAAAUAUUUAAAGCAAGACGUCGAGGAACGGUUUAAUGUGAGCGGAGACCCUUCCUGUAGUCUCAUGCAGGCCUGGGCCAGGAUCGAGGCUCGCUUGUGCAACAACAUGCAGAAGGCGCGAGAACUCUGGGACUUCAUCAUGGUGAAAGGGAACGCGAAAUACGCCAACAUGUGGCUGGAGUAUUACAACCUGGAGCGGGCACACGGGGAUACCCCCCACUGCAGGAAGGCGUUGUACCGGGCCGUGCAGUGUACCCAGGACUACCCCGAACACGUCUGUGAGGUGCUGCUCACGCUGGAGAGAAUCGAAGGCACUUUAGAGCACUGGGACGCGGCUGUGCAGAGGACGGAAACCCGGCUGGCUCGAGUGAAAGAGCAGAGAGAAAAGGCGGCACAGAAGGAGGCUUCCCUGGCCAACCAGGAGGAAGAGAGAGCGGAGCAGCACAAGGAAGCCGAGGCGAAGAAGAAAGCCGACAGAAAGACGGCCAAAGCCGGGCUCAAGCGGAAGGCAGGCGGCUGUGGAGAAUGGGGGCAGGAGGAGGAAGUCGAAGUGCCCGUCAAGAGGAUGAUGGGGACCUCCGAAUACCUGCUGUACGAGGAGGAGAUGGAGCGGUUGGGCGAGUUGGAGCUGCAGAGGAACACGGAGCUGGAGGUGGAGCUGGGCCUCUUUGGGAGGAAGGGCGACCCCAAGCCAAAGGAAGAGGGAGCAGCGGCCAAGUGGAAGGACACCCCCAAGGUCCCUCACGACAGCACGAAGGAGCCCUUCACCGUCUUCCUCAGCAACCUCUCCUACAAAAUGACCGACCCGGAGGUCAAGCUCCGAGCCCUCUUUGCCAGCUGCGGGGAAGUGGCCGAAGUCCGCUCCAUCUACAGCAACAAAGGCGCCUUCCGCGGCUACUGUUACGUGGAGUUCAAGGACGAGAAGUCGGCUCUGAAGGCCUUCGAACUGGACCGGACCGUGGUGGAAGGCAGGCCCAUGUUCGUCUCUCCCUGCGUCGAUAAAAGCAAGAAUCCGGAUUUCAAGGGCUUGGCCUACGUGGACUUUGAAAACGAAGCGCAGGCCUCCCAGGCGCUUCUGAAAAUGGACGGGAUGGACAUAAAGGGCCACGUCAUCAAAGUCGCCAUCAGCAACCCUCCCUCUCGGAGGUUCCCCGAGAAGCCGGAAUCCCAGAGUCAGAAUCAGAGUUUCCACACGGCUCAGGGCCGCCGCCGCAAGGGGAGAACCCAGCUGGAGAUGGUCCCUCGUGCCUUGCAGCGUCACAGCAACCCACCAAGCAAGGCAGAGAACGGCGGUGAGCAGAGCCCGUCCGCCCCGCCGGCGGAACUGCCCAAGAAGAUGACCAACGCGGACUUCGCCAAGAUGCUCCUGAAUAACACAUGCCGGCUACUUUUGAGCUUUCUCUGACCUGGCACUGGAGGGACGGGCGCCCUGCUCAGCUCCGAUGUUUCUGUUUCCCCGGCUCCUGUAAGGGUCUCUAGCCAGGCCCCUCUUGGUUCUCGAGGUGUUUGCCUUGCAAUGUUUUCGUUUUGUUUUUUUAUACAAUGUAAAGCGUGAGCCUGCGGCAUUCCUCCUCCGGGUUCAUUAAAGUUGAUCUUGCAAGUUGA